AUGGAAGAUACGCAUAUAGAUGAGUCUGUGCAUGAUGCUCCUGCUGUUAGCGGGGCUCCCGCUGAGGCUGGGGGCGAGCUACACGCCUUGGACGACCCAAACGUCUACCAUUGGAUCUGUCAGUUGACCUACGGGCCUCAUAAGGAACAAGCAAUGUUGGAGUUAGGGCGUAAGAGAGAGCAAUUUGACGACCUGGCGUUGGUUAUAUGGACCUCGUUUGGGGUGAUGACGUCGUUGUUGAAUGAGAUCAUCGGGGUGUACCCGAUGUUACAACCAAACUAUCUGUCCAACCAGCUGUCGAACCGUGUCUGCAAUGCGUUGGUGUUGUUACAAUGCGUUGCCUCCCAUCCGGAGACGAAGCACCAAUUCUUACAAGCGCAUAUCCCAUUGUUUCUGUUUCCUUUCCUCAACACUACUUCGAGACAAAGAACCUUCGAAUACUUGCGGUUGACUUCGCUCGGUGUUAUUGGAGCUCUAGUGAAAAACGAUUCACAGGAGGUGAUUAGUUUCCUCUUGAGAACUGAUAUCAUUCCAUUAUGUCUGCGUAUCAUGGAAAGCUCCUCGGAACUGUCUAAAACCGUGGCCAUCUUCAUUUUGCAGAAGAUAUUGCUCGAUGACAUUGGCCUGCAGUACAUAUGUGCGACUUUAGAGAGGUUCUACGCUGUGAGCAACGUCUUGAAACACAUGAUCGACCAAUUGACGGCGCAGACUCCACCGGGAAGGCUGUUGAAGCAUAUCAUCAGAUGCUACUUGAGGCUGAGCGACAACUUGGAGGCCAGAAGACUGUUGAAGAUCGUGUUGCCUGAUAAGUUGAGGGACGAUACUUUCACCGAAGUUUUGAAAGAUGACGUGAAUACAAAAAGAUGUCUAGCACAGUUGCUGUUGACAUUGAACGAGGAACCAUCGCAACAGACGGUGCCUCAGCAUCUGGCUGCCCAGCAACAAGCAGCCCAGUAA